AUGAUUCCCAGCCCGCCUUUUUCCGCCUCCCCGAUCCCCGCUGGCUCAGUGGGCGCGGCGCUACCGUACAGCAAUAAUGGCUCCGCGGAGGUGAGCGCUGACACGUCUGAAAUCUCGAGUAUUCUCACGCGGUUUUCAUGCGGGGAAGCUGGCUCAGUGGAUGCUGUGCUAGCGUACAGCAGUAAUGGUUCUAUCGUCUCUCCUCAGCCCUCCUCGUCUCUCCUCCCCUCUCCUCGUUUCUCCUCCCGUCUCGUCGUCUCUCCUCCCCUCUCAUCGUCUCUCCUCCCGUCUCGUCGUCUCUCCUCCGCUUCCGCCCCCCAUCGUUCGCUCGCUUUCCCUUUCGCCAUCACCAGGGGUCCCCGUCCUCAGCGUCAUGGCAGCAUACCGUCCACUGCAGCUGCCGUCACUUUCGCACCACCUGCUGCCACUUUCACACCACCUGCCUUCGCUGCUCCUGCUCCCGCUUCCAUACCGUCCUUUGAAGGGAAUCUUUCAUCUCCGUUAUUAGCCUCCCAAAUAAGCGGCCUUGCCGGCCAGUCGCCUCACUUUGAGCCCGUGCAAUUCCCUGCAGGCAAUGCAUCCGCUGCGGCUCCUGCCACCACAGCCUUUGCUGCUGCAUCUGCUCCCGCCGGAGGGGGGAGUGGGGGUUACAGCGCACUGCUUUCCGAUAUGUCGUUUCUGGACUCAGUUCCGGGACCAGGGAACGCGGCAGGGCCAGGGGCGGCAGCUGUGGCAGCAGGUUCCGGACUGCCGUGGGGGGCCCUGGCGCCGGACGGCGACUGGUGGCUGCAUAUGGCGGAUAGGGCGGCAGCAGCGCUGUCGCAUGAGUUGAAUGCGGAUGGGGGAGUGGGAGGGGGGGGAGGAGGGGGAGGGGGAGGAGGUGGAGGAGGAGGAGGAGGAGGAGGAGGAGGAGGAGGAGGAGGAGGAGGAGGAGGAGGAGGAGUAGGAGGAGGAGGAGGAGGAGGAGGGGGAGGGGGGGGGAGGAGGGGGAGGAGGAUGCAGGGCGGUGGCGCAUGCAGCAUGGCGGCGUUUGGCAGCAUGGACUCGUUCUCAGGAGAGGCUCGCGUAGUGGCGCGCUUCAGUCAGUUGUGUAACGAGGCUGCUGCUGAUGCUGCCUCAGGGGGAAGUGCGGGAGUGUGCAGAAUGGAAGCGGCAGAGGGGGAAAUGCGGGGUGAGAGAGAGGCGCAGCAAGCGCAGGUGGGAAAAGCGGGCGGAGUUGGUGGUGGUGGGGAGGGUGGAGGAGGGGGAGAAGGAACAGGAGGAGCAGCAGCAGCAGGAGGAGGAGGAGAAGGAGGAGCAACGGCGAGUGAAAGUCAGAGUAGGCCCAGGUUAUCUCUGGCAGAACGGCUGGCAGCAGCAUUGGGGGAGGAGUUUGGCGCUGACACAGGGGAGAAGGAAGAGCCAGCUAAGCCAGACGAGGAUACAGGGAAGAAAGGGAGAGGGCGAGGUAGGGGCAGAAAGCGGGAGAGAAGCAAACCCGUGGCUACUACAGUUGGUCCUACGGCAGGCUUUUGGGCUGCACUCGGGGUGAUGGAGCAGGACGGAAGGGGGAGGCAGGGAAAGAGGUCCGCUGAGGAGAGUGCGAGUGGUUGGAGCGGGGGAGGGUUAGGGGAGGAGUGGAAAGGGGUGAUGGGGCGUGCAGGCGUGAGCACAGGGGGUGGGUCUGGGUCGACUGAGUUGGCAGGGGUGGCGGGGGCGAGAGCGGCAACAGGCACAGGGGGAAGGAUGGGUCAUCCUCAUGGUGAGGGUGUGAUGGGGGUAGGAGAUCGAGGUGCAGUGGGGUGUGGUGGGGUGUGCGGGGGUAAUGAGGUGAAGGUGGCGAAGCAGGAGGUUAUGGGUGCAAAGGGGGAGGCGGGCAAGGCAGGCAGCAGAUCACGUGCCCUGGAGCACCCGUUGCUGGCACGCAUAUGGCAGCUGGCGGAGCUCGUAGCCACGGGGGAGGACGAGGCCACGAUCCGGCAGAAGUGUGAGGAGCUGCUGCCGUUGGUGAGUUCGCGCGGCAGUGCGGAGCAGCGCGUGGCGGUGUACUUCCUGGAGGGCCUCAUGGCGCGCAUCAAUGGCGAAGGCGCCCUGCACUGGAACUCCCCCAACGUGCCGCCCCACGAUGACUUCAUGCGGGCCAUGUCGGACAUAUCAGCGUGCAUGCCGCACCACCACUUCCUGCUCUCCGCAUGCAACGCAGCGCUGCUGUCCGCCAUCUCGCCUACCGACACCGUCGUGCACGUGGUGGACUUUGGCUGGUGGAUCGGCGCGCAGUGGCCCGACUUCAUCGCCUCUCUUGCUGCCCGCCCGGGCCCUAAGCCCCUGCUCCGAUACACCAAGAUCGAGUCACCAGCAAGCCAGUGUCCAUGGCGAGUGCUACCGCAAGUACCGCUAGCAGACUGCAAGGCCAUUCUCACGCGCGCAGCAGCCAAUGCGGGCAUCCGGCUAGACUUUGCCGUUGUGGAGUGCUCUCUCGAGUCUAUCGACUCCCACAUUGCACAGCACCGCCCACCCCUUAGCUCUGCUUCCGCCUCGAAUGCACCUGCCAUCGCUGACAGCCAGAAUCCGUCUGCUUCUGCUGGUGGUGGUGCGGAUGGUGCUGUGGUGCCGUGGAGAAUGGUGCGGAGCAGCACGGAGGAUAGUCUUGGCAGCAGGAGCAGCAGUGACCCAGGCCAGGGAGAUGCAGCAGGCAGGGGAGGAACAGAGGCGCUUCUUGUGCACGGCAUCAUGCGUCUGCAUCUGCUCCCAGGGGGCUCUGUUGUCCGCCACUCCCCCCGCGACGCUGCGCUGCGCGCCCUGCGCCGCCUCUCCCCGCGCGUGGCUGUUCUCGGAGAGAGGCACGUGGAUCACGAUGGGCCGUUCUUUCUUAGGCGAUUGGGGGAAGCCCUACCCUUCUACCUCUCUGUGUUUGAAUCCAUGGAAGCAGGGCUUGCACCGCCGCGGCUGCAUUCGUCAAGGGAUUUUAUCGAAAAGGCGAUCCUAGGGAGGGACAUUGUGAACGUGGUGGCUUGCGAGGGCUCGCUGCGGGUCGUUCGGUCGGAGCCUUUGGGGAAGUGGAUGAGCCGAAUGAGAGAGGCGUCGUUUGCUGCUCUGCCGUUUUCAGACCAUGCCCGGCAUAAAGUGGCGGCGGCCAUGUCCCAGUUCCCGAGGGAGUUUGGGGUGCAGGAGCAGGAUGACGGGGGGCUUCUGAUGACUUUCAAGGGGCAGCCGAUGCUGGCUGUCGGCAUGUGGAGGAUUGCCUGUUGA